AUGCGUUUCACCACUGUCACCGCCCUUACUACUCUGCUCGCCAUUGGCAGCGUCUCCGCCUCGGUCCUUCCUCGAAGUCUCGGUGACUGGGACCUCGGCAUGCCCCUUGUCGAGGAGCGCGAAGUGCCUACCCUUCAAUGCGAUUCGACGCCUAUCCACAUCGGUCAACUCAAGAUGAUGUCCUCUGCCGGCCGCGAAGUGAGCGCAGCCUUCGAGGGUCUCCGCAACGCCGACGGCUACCAACAGCUUGAUGUUCAGAAAGCUGGUCAACCGGCUCGGUUCGAAAACUUCGCCUUCACCCCCUGUUACAGCUCUUUCAUGGCCUACCAUGCCGAAUCCAACAAAGCUGCCGAGGUUACCUACGGUCGUCUUCAACCCGCUCAUUUGCAAGGUAGACGCUGUGUCUCUGCUGACAAGUUGGCAGAUGGAGAUGCAAGAUUGAUCGCCGCUCAAUGCGAACCUAGCGAUGAUUCGGCUCAGUUGUUGCAGUACUGGAGUUUGACCAAACAGCCUGCUGCUGAGGCGGACAAGUUUGUUUACUACGUCAACUUCCUUGGUCAGCCUGCGGGGGAGAGUGAGGAUUUCCCGGGAAGUUAUGUUCUCAGUCAGGUUCAGAAGGGAUCGAACAAGCUGGUGAGGUUGCAGCACUCGAAGGAGACGGGUAAGCGAAGUGCCUACUUCCUCAAGCUUACUUGA